CUCGAAGAAUGACAGCGCACUUGAUACCAAGAGCGCUAUCGCAUGUAAGCUUUCGGGAAAGUUUCUUCAAUUUACACGAUCCGGGAAGACUAAGUCCAACCGUGCCCAGUAUAUCUGGUUCCCGAUCACCAUCCAUAACACGACUUAGAGCGACAACAAGUGUCGUAACAUUGACCGAAGGAGCAAAGUUAGAGAACUUAUUUAAACGACACCUAUUUCUUCUAUCUCUUCUUAUUUCUCUUAUUAUUUCACGCAUCAGAAUCCCGAUACCUCAUCGUAUAGUAAUGGCGAAGAAGGAAGUGGAGGAAUUGAAGAAGAAAUUGGAUCUUUUGCAAAACUAUGUGAGAAAGAGGAAAAUGGACUUGAAGGCUCACAUAGACGAGAUCGAAAUACGGAUCAAUGAGAUCCAAGAGGCGAAGGAGGAUUUCGAAGUGGAAGUGGUUACUGAGGGCGUGGAUCGAUUGACAGGCAAGAUACCUGCCGAACGACUGACCAGAUUCAUCGAGGAAUGGCUGAAAUCGGCGAGCACGAUACUGGAGAGGUUGAGAUUGAAGACGGCCACUGUAAAGCUUCAGAUCAAAAGGGCCAGACUGCAACUUGCACAGAGGAAAGAGCUCGGGGAGAUGCUUCACGUCAUCGAUUUCGAGAAAUUGAAGAUCGAGAAUCAGGAUUUAGCAAAGUUGCUCGAGGAGAAGAAUCUUUAUGUGAUCGAUAUGAAGAAGAUCGCAGGUUACUACCACUUGAAAUUGACGCAACACAAGCAGAAAUUGAACUCUCUGUCGGUGAAAUUGAAAGAGUUGAAGGAGGAGACCAUGUUGAAACAGAAACAGAUCGAGGAGAUAAAUAUUGAGUAUGAUAUUUUCGCGAGCCAAGUGAAGCGGCAACAGAAAAAAUUGACGCAAUUGUUGAAUUUCACGGAGAAUCAUACUGCACCUGAUAUUUUAGAUUUUAUCAAACUUCAAGAAGAAUACGUGGAAUUAGAGAAAUCUUAUAAAUUAUUGCAGAGACGUAGGAAUAUAGAAAAGAUAAUAUUCGAAGAAUAUAAGAAGCAAACAAUAUGGAACGAAAAAAAUUAAAAAAGAGGCAAAAAGUAGAUUUAUUUAGAACAUUUACCUAAUUUUCCUAUUUCCUAUCCUAUUGUAGUUUCUAAAAUCGUUUCCACUAUUCGAAGGCAAAACGCUUUUUUGCUGGGAGCUAGGGAUGCAAUUAUAUCUGUAAAAGAAUUACGACGGUCUAGUACCGUCACUGGUUACGCCACCGGAUAAUUGGAGUUACGGUGCUUGUUUAGAAGACGAAGGAAGCUUGAAACGAUCGUCCACUUUCCAUGACAAUAUAUACUUUCCAUAAAACACGAAUAUUAAAAAGAUUUUUUUAAACGCAACGACGACUUAAUAAUUUUAUUUUUUGAUCCAGAAAUUCAAUUUUUUAUAUUUGCCCCCAAUGGUAAAAUCUUUCAACAUUUUAACAACAACACUUCUUUCAAAACAUUUGCAAUAAAAAAUUUUAUCAAAAUAAAUUUUGCUAAAAUGAUUCGCGAUUAAGAUAAAAGUUAUCAUUUCCGAAUGUGGAAUGGAUUCACAAUUUUUGAAUCAUUAUUGAAACGAUCAUCAAUAAUUUUAUUCAAUUCACUUUUUCAUAAAGAUCCCUCGUUAAAAACUCGUUUCGGUUCUCUGGUUUUUUUUUUUUUACAAAAGAAACGAAGCUUCCCAUCUAUUUCCCAUUUCCAUGAAUUGCAUUCAUGCAUUGUUGUAAACGCAUUAAGAAACUAAAAUCGGGUUGAAGAUGGGAGGAUUUUGGCGUGUGCCACGGUAUGUUGGAUGGUCACGCUUCACGCACUGACGAUGCCUGUCCCUUCCUCUUUUCGCCCGUGGAAUAUCCGUCCCGGAAGACCAUGUCUCUCUUUCUGAAUCUGGUGAUUCAGUUUCGCGACGACAACAUCGACGUACCGAUUGUUCGAUCAACUGCUGAUCGAACUGGUGAACUAUUUACCGAAAUUUUUUCUCCGAAAAAUUUGAAUAAUAUUUUAUUUGAAAGAAAAGUUGAAGAUAUCUUCAUCGAAUUUGAUGAACUUGUAUAUGUGUGGGACGAUAUAAAAAAAUUACAAUUUAUCAUAUCAAAUCAAAAGUUUUCAGUUAUAAAAGGAAGUGAAAACUAGAUUUUAUGCGUUAACGGAUCAUUGUGAAAAAGAAAAUUUAUAUUUCUUCUUCAUCAAUCUUGUUUAAAGUAUAAUUUAAAAAAAAGAAUUAAAAAAAUAAAAAAAUAGACGCGUUAGUGAAAUGACAAGAAUAAUAUGCUCAGUGGUGCAUGAAGAAUCGAUUGGUCAACAUCCUGACUUUCUAAUUCCAUUUUAUUUUCCGUGAGGAUGAAAAACGAUUUCGAGAACCAUCCACGACUUUUUCUAUCUAUUUGAUUGAUUUUUGGUUCCAUUUGAACGACGGUAAAGAUGAUGAUCGUAAGAAAAUUAAUCGGUAUCUUGAUCGUUUGCUCUCUGAUGCAGGGGAGCUUCAACAAAUAUUUAGAGGUAAAUACAAUAUCAAUUCAAAUCUUUUCUACUUCAUUGUCGUUCAUAAAUAAUCAUAUUAACGGUAUUUGGAGAUGAUACACUUUGAUAAAAGCUUGCCUACUUGACACGGUUGGAGGAAGACUCAUUAUACCCUCAAGGAUAUUAGGCCGAAUUCGUAUUUAAAAUUCUAAUUAGUCAUGCAUCACAUAAUAGCAUUAUCUAGGCCAGAAGAGAAUGAUUUUCACGCUUAACAAAUAGCGUUGCAAAAUUUUAUUAUAUUGUUGUUUGAUUAGACGAAAUAGAACGUGGUCGAAUGUAUUAAAA